AUGAGGUGCUAUUAUGAAUUGUUGGGUGUCCCACAAAAUGUUGAACAAGUUGAUCUCAAGAAGGCUUACUACAAAUUAUCAUUACAAUGGCAUCCAGACAAAAAUACUACAGAGGAUACAACUGUAAUAUUUCAAGAAAUUCAAGAGGCUUACAAAGUUUUAUCUGAUCCUCAAGAACGAGCUUGGUAUGAUAAACAUAGAGCUCAAAUUUUACUUGGUAAUGGUCGUGAUACUCAAAUGGGUGGGACAUCCGAUUAUCAAGAGAGUCGAGUUGAUGUUUUUCAAUAUUUCACAAGAUCUUGUUUUGAAAAAUUCGAUGAUGAUGUCAAGGGCUUUUAUACUGUAUACGCUAAAGUAUUUGCCGAUAUAACUAAAGAAGAAAAAGAGGCAGCUAGUUUUUCUGGUUAUACUAUAUCAUCUAGUGAAAGUAGUAGUGAUGAUGAAAAUAAUCAUGGCCGAGUAUCUGGACGUAUAUCACGAAAUUAUCCAUCUUUUGGUAAUUCAUCAAGUUCAUACAAAAAAGUUGUUGCUCCAUUCUAUUUAUUCUGGGAAAUAUUUGAAACAAAAAAAACAUAUACAUGGGUUGAAAAAUAUGAUACACGACUUGCAGAUUCACGUCAAGAACGUCGUGCGAUGGAAGCAGAAAAUAAUCGAUUAAGACUAGCUGCUAUAAGAAAACGUAAUGAAGAAAUACGUCAAUUAGUAGCUUAUGUGAAAAAACGUGAUAAACGUGUUAUUGCCGAGAAUGAACGUAUUCAACAUGCUAUUAAAGAAGCUCAAGCACGUACUCAGUUAUUAGCUGCAAAAGCUAGACAACGUGAAGCAGCUCUAUUAGACGAAGCAUGGAAUGAUGAAAUCGCUUACGGUGGCAUUGGAUCUCAAUGGUCGGAACAAUUUGAAGCUGAGCUAAAACGUUUGGAAGCGGAACUUGAUGGUAUGAAUGUUGACGAUUCAGUACAGAACUGUUCUACAAUGGAUUAUAAUCGAACAACCAAUCAUCAUCAUCAUCCUAACAAUUCUGUUAAUCACACGAAUGAUGCUUUGAAUCCUGAUGAAACUACUGAACAACUUGAUAAUUUAACAACUACUGAUCAUGAAGAAGAAAUCGAUGAACAGUUGUACUGUGUUGCAUGUGAUAAAUUAUUCUCUUCCAUAAAAGCUAAAUUAAAUCAUGAAUUAUCUAAAAAGCAUAAAAAACAAUUAGAAUUUCUACGAAAAAUAAUUACUGAUCAAGAUGAUGCACAUUUCAAUUCUAUAUUACUUAAUGAAGAAUCCGUGAAUACUACUGAAAAUAAUUCUUCAGUAGUAGGAGUAGAAAAUCAACAAUUGAAUAAUAAUAAUAAAUUAACAAAACGUGCGAAAAAAGCUGAACGUAAACGAAAAAAAGAAGCUGAAUUACAACAACAAUCAUCAAAUAGUAAUAUUAAUAAUAAUAAUAAUACUAUAAAUGAACAAGAAAAUGCUACAAAUGAUUUAAACACACAAAUGAACAAUGAUCAUGUUGAUAUGGUCAAUAAUGAUAUCAAUGGUAGUAGUGGUAGUAGUGUAGUGAAGGAGAACACAGAUCCUACAAUAUCAUUAUCGACAUUAAACAAUGUAAAUACACCUACUAUAACUGAUCAUGACAAAAAAUCAUCAUCAUCAACACAGCCUAAUCAACAAUCAGUAAACAGAGUAAUAAAACAAGUUGACAAAAUUCAAUCAAAUCCAAUUAUCUGUGAUACAUGUUCAAAAGAAUUCGAAUCAAGAAAUGCACUUUUCGCUCAUUUAAAAGAAUCAGGACAUGCAAAAUUGAAAUUAAAAAGUCAGUUGGAUGAUAAUGUAAAAAAGUCUAAAGAAAGAAAAAAGUCAAAACGUUAAUUCUUUGUAGAAUGA